AUGCGUUGCGAGGCGAAAGACUGCCAGACUUGUGCCACCAACUACUUCCUGCACAAGGGGAUGUGUGUAACUAGCUGCCCAGCCAACCACUACGGCGAUAUGGACUCCACUUGUCGACCACUCGCUGGAUCUGUCAUUGCCCUCAAGACGACUGGCCUCGGGGAGACACAUUUGAUCGUUUCAAACGCUACGGACUGUGUGCAACUUGUACCAUUGGAGGAGAGUGAACGCAAGGAUCCAUCUACUAUUGAAGAUGAAGCGAAGAUGUGGAUGGUCUCUAGCUCUGGAGGCGAGAAAGCCACCUUCCGCAAUGUCAAGACGGGCAUGGCACUCUACAUGCCCAGCCAGAAAGUCAAAUCUGACGAAUGCGCCUCUGACGUCUCCUCUUGUGCGGUGGCACGGCCUCCAAAACCUGUCUAUGGAGAAAAGUCUUUGUGGACCGACAACGAAUGGAGCAGUCACAAAUGUGACAAGAGCGCCUUCACCAUUUCAGCCUUGGGCAAUUCACAAAUUGCUCUAGAGCUGGAGACUCGUUAUUUGCAAUUCGUCAAAGGCAUGGUCGUUUUCUCCCUUACGACCACGACCCCAGAGGAUCGUAAGAUCGCGACGAAUGAGCGCUUCGAGCCGCUGAUCGUGAUGCCAGCGGUGAAGUCGGAAGUGAAGAAAAGCGGUCGAUGUGCCAGCCUCAUCACUCAAGCACUCCAGUGCAGCGCUGCAGCGGGCGGACAGGGCUUGGAUGACUUUGCAGAUUUCACAGAGCAAGGCACCGACACCAAAAGACCGCCAGGAUGCUACUACUACCACGAUGAGAUCACAGCUCCACAGAGUAAGGGCUAUCAGGAACUGCCGGUGAAGGUCAUGCGAGUAGCCCUCAACCUGCUGUCAGAUGGGGCGCAGGCAGACUACUCGCGCUUUGCGGAUUUUUCUGCGAAGACACCAUGCCUAUGCAAAGUGGUCUGA